GACCGAGCUCAGUGUUCGUCUGACAGGUGUAGUGAGAGCUAGCGUCGCGUUCCCUUCCGUUUAGCUUUUUUUUUUUUAAACUUUAGGACAGUCGGCCCGAGGAGGCCAUAGGACUGUACACAUAAAAUGGGCCAUAUCAGAUGGAUUGUGCUCGGUCUGCAUCUACUGAACGCGUGGACUGUCAGCUGCAAGGAAGAGUCCCGUCUGACGCGGAAGACCCCGGCCAGCUACGCGGACGGCGUGUACAUGCUGGCGGGGCAGGACCGGCCGUCGCCACGCACGCUCUCGCAGGCGCUGCUCAACGGGCGCGACGGCAUGGCCUCCGAGCGCAACCGCACCGCCAUGCUCGCCUUCUUCGGUCAAGUGGUGUCCUCGGAGAUCCUGCAGGCCUCGGAGGCAGGCUGCCCCAUCGAGAUGCACAAGAUCGACAUCGACAAGUGCGACGAGAUGUUCGACCGAUUCUGCACCGGCCCCAAGUUCAUGCCGUUCCAUCGCGCUGGCUACGACUACGCCACAGGACAGAGCCCCAACAGCCCGCGCGAGCAGCUGAACUACGUGACCUCGUGGCUCGACGGCAACUUCGUGUACAGCACCAGCGAGGCGCGGCUCAACAUGCUGCGCUCCUUCAGCAACGGCACCUUCAGGACGGACCCCGAGGACCCCAGCCUUCCCCCCAGGAACGUCGAGCGGAUCCCCAUGGAGAACAACCCGACGCCGCACGUGCUCAAGAUCCUCAGCCCCGAGAGGAUGUUCCUGCUCGGGGACCAGAGGACCAACCAGAACCCGGCUCUCCUGGCCUUCGGCAUCCUGUUCUUCCGCUGGCACAACGAGCAGGCGCGUAGGAUCCAGGAGGAGCAUCCCGAUUGGCAGGACGAGGAGGUGUUCCAGAAGGCGCGAAGGAUCGUCGUCGCGCAUCUGCAGAACAUCAUCAUGUACGAGUUCGUCCCCGCCUUCAUCGACGAGGAGAUCCCGCCCUACGACCGCUACCGCCCCGACGUCCACCCGGGCAUCUCGCACGUCUUCCAGAGCGCCGCCUUCAGGUUCGGCCACACGCUGGUUCCCCCGGGGCUGUACCGACGCGACGCCGGAACCCACUGUCCGUUCAUCCGAUCCCAGACCGGCUACUCCGCCCUCCGUCUCUGCUCCACGUGGUGGGAUGCUGACGACGUGAUGGCCAACAGCACGGUGGAGCAGCUCCUGCGCGGCCUGGCCUCGCAGCUGGCCGAGAAGGAGGACCACGUGCUCUGCUCCGACGUCCGCAACAAGCUCUUCGGGCCGCUCGAGUUCUCCAGGAGGGACCUGGGAGCGCUGAACAUCAUGCGCGGCCGCGACAACGGACUCCCCGACUACAACACGGUGCGCAAGUGCUUCCACCUGGACGUGGUCGAGCGCUGGGAGGACAUCAACCCCGACCUCUAUGCCGACCACCCCGACCUCCUCGAGAGCCUCCGCACGCUCUACAAGGGCGACCUCAUGAACGUCGAUCUGGCUCCGAAGUGACGUACAUCUACUCGUGCAUCCUCCUGGCCGCCGUGCCGCUCAUCUGCGCCGGCGCCGGCUACGCGACCGUCAAGUUCCAGAACUCCCGCAGGAGGCACUUCCGCACGCUGCAAGAGGAGAACAACAACGGGCGCAGCGUCGACAAGAUGAUGGUCAAGGAGUGGCUGCACCAGAACCACAAGCGCAUCGUGAAGGUGAAGUUCGGUCCGAACCAGGAGAUCUGCACCGUGAACCGCAAGGGCGAGAAGCUGCGGCGCGUGAACGUGGCUCACGUGGACACGCUGGUGGUGGAGAUCACGCAGGACCAGCGGCGGAAGCCCAUGGUGCUGCUGCGGCCGCCGCUCGACCACGACCUCGUCCUGGAGUUCGACACGGAGGCGGCGCGCAACAAGUUCCUGAACAAGCUCGAGCAGUUCCUGAUUAGCCUGAAGAAGGGCCUGGACAGGGUGCAGACCAACAAGGAGCAGAUGCUGGCCAACGCCGAGACGAAGGAGCGCCGCACGAAGCGCCUCGAGCACUUCUUCCGUGAGGCCUACGAGCUCACCUUCGGUCUCAAGCCCGGCGAGAAGCGCAAGCUCGAGGACGCCGCCAGCGACGUCGUGAUGGUGAUGCGGACGUCGCUGUCCAAGAAGGAGUUCGCCGGCGCGCUCGGCAUGAAGCCCGACGACAUCUUCGUGCGCCGCAUGUUCAACAUCGUCGACAAGGAUGGCGACGGACGCAUCUCCUUCCAGGAGUUCCUGGACACCGUCGUGCUCUUCAGCAAGGGCUCGACCGACGACAAGCUGCGCAUCAUCUUCGACAUGUGUGACAACGACCGAAACGGCGUCAUCGACAAGACCGAGCUCUCCGAGAUGCUCCGCUCGCUGGUGGAGAUCGCCAAGACGAACACGGUCAGCGACGAGGAGGUCGAGGAGCUGAUCAACGGCAUGUUCAGCUCGUCGGGCAUCAACCACAAGGAAUCGCUCACCUACGACGACUUCAAGCUGAUGAUGCGCGAGUACAAGGGAGACUUCAUCGCCAUCGGCCUCGACUGCAAGGGCGCCAAGCAGAACUUCCUCGACACGUCCACCAACGUUGCCAGCAAGAGGAUGGCCAGCUUCCACAUCUCCGAGGUCAUGAACAGGAACCAACACUGGAUGAUGAAGAAGUACAACUCCCUGGCCACGUUCCUGGAAGAGAACAGGCAGAACGUUUUCUACCUUUUCGUUUUCUACGUGAUCACCAUUGCUCUUUUCUGCGAGCGGUUUAUACACUACUCCUUCAUGGCGGAGCACACUGACCUGCGACACAUCAUGGGCGUGGGCAUUGCCAUCACGAGGGGCGCCGCCGCCUCCCUGUCCUUCUGCUACUCCCUGCUUCUGCUCACCAUGUCCAGGAACCUCAUCACCAAGCUCAAGGACUUCAGUUUCCAGCAGUACAUUCCCCUCGACUCGCACAUCCAGUUCCACAAGAUCGUUGCGUGCACGGCGCUGUUCUUCAGUAUUCUUCACAGCUGCGGCCACUUGGUCAACUUCUACCACGUGUCGACGCAGCCGGUGGAGAACCUCAGGUGUCUGACGCAGGAAAUCUCCUUCGCCUCCGACCAAAAGCCGACCGUGGGCUACUGGCUCUUCCAGACCAUCACAGGUCUGACCGGCGUGGCGCUGUUUAUUAUCAUGUGCAUCAUCUUCAUUUUCGCGCACCCGAUCAUACGAAGGAAGGCGUACAAGUUCUUCUGGGCUGCACAUCAGCUGUACAUCCUGCUAUAUAUCCUCAGUCUGCUGCACGGACUGGCUCGUCUCACGGGAGCGCCCAGGUUCUGGAUCUUCUUCGUUGGCCCGGGCAUCAUUUACACGCUGGACAAGAUCAUCAGCCUUCGCACACGUUAUAUGGAAUUGGAUAUCAUUGAGACGGAAUUGCUGCCCUCGGAUGUGGUCAAGGUCAAGUUCUACAGGCCUCCCAACUUCAAGUACCUGAGCGGCCAGUGGGUUCGCCUCAACUGCACCGCUUUCAGGCAGUCAGAAUACCAUUCGUUCACCCUCACCUCAGCGCCCCACGAGAACUUCCUGUCGUGCCACAUCAAAGCCCAAGGACCGUGGACGUGGAAGCUGAGGAAGUUCUUCGACCCGCAUAAUUAUGUUCACGAUGAGGAGAACCCGCCCAAGAUCCGUCUGGAAGGCCCCUUCGGCGGCGGCAACCAGGACUGGUACAAGUUCGAGGUCGCGGUGAUGGUCGGUGGAGGCAUCGGCGUCACGCCCUACGCCUCCAUCCUCAACGAUCUCGUCUUCGGAACGUCGACCAACCGCUACUCGGGGGUUUCGUGUAAGAAGGUCUAUUUCCUAUGGAUCUGCCCGACGCACCGCCAGUUUGAAUGGUUCAUUGACGUGCUGCGUGAUGUCGAGCGCAAAGAUGUCACCAACGUCUUAGAAAUGCACAUCUUCAUUACGCAGUUCUUCCACAAGUUUGAUUUGAGAACGACUAUGCUGUAUAUUUGCGAGAACCACUUCCAGCGGCUGAGCAAACGUAGCAUGUUCACUGGACUGAAAGCCAUCAAUCACUUCGGCCGGCCUGAUAUGACGUCCUUCCUGAAAUUCGUGCAAAAGACGCAUAACUACGUUUCUAAAAUCGGCGUGUUCAGCUGCGGCCCGAACCCCCUCACGAAGAGCGUGAGCACGGCCUGCGAGAACGUGAACCGGGGUCGACGUCUGCCAUACUUCAUACAUCACUUCGAAAACUUCGGCUAAACGUGUACAUUAGAGGUCUAUUAUGAUAUAUCUUGUCGUGUUAGAAGAAGAAGAA